AUGUUCCCUAUCUUAGCUUCGUCGCUAUGCCGUUCACGAACUCGUCUAUUAGCUUAUGGAUCUAUUUGGUCUAGACAAAUUGAAAAUCUGGCUCCAGCUGACCAAAAACGUGACCGAAAGGCUUAUCAUCAAAUAAAUUACAAUGUUUAUCCCCAUAUCCCUUUACGCCAAAUUGAUUCCAUAAGUGGAUGGAUGCCUCCACUAGAUUCACCUCCUCCUUUACCCUUUCGUAUCAAUCGUUCCAAAACGAAUAAUAUCCCAGUAUAUAGCGAGAUUAGAAAAGGGCGCACCUUACACCUGACUAUCAUUAGAAAGAUUGAAGGAGAUUUACAUGCUGUUAAAGAAGGUUUAAAGCGCUUAUUGGGAGAAGAUGUACAGAUUCAAAUAAAUGAAGUAAAUAGCCAAAUCUUUAUCAAAGGCAAACAUGUAAAGCCUAUUACCAAAUGGCUACUACUUCUUGGAUUCUAA